AUGGGCGGUUGGGAUGAUUACAAGCCUGUAAUGGCUAUGUCUGGGUUGCAAUUUUCAUACGCAGUUCUUACUCUUACAAGUAGAGCAUCCCUCCUACAAGGAAUGAAUCCCAGGGUAUUUGUAGUUUACAGACAAGCCAUUGCAACUUUGGUUAUAGCACCCAUAGCCUAUUUCUCAAGGAGAGAAUCCGGUGGUGGAUCUUCUUUGGGUUUGAGGAGCUUCUCUUUGAUAUUUUUGGUCUCUCUUAUUGGGGUAACAAUUAAUCAGAACGUUUAUUUUGAAGGCCUAUACUUAGCAUCAUCGUCGAUGGCAAGUGCGAUGGGCAAUCUUCUCCCCGCAGUCACCUUUGUAAUGGCAACUAUUUUUGGAUUGGAGAGGGUGGAUUUUGGAAGCUUGAGAAGUAUUGCCAAGAUAGUAGGGACAAUCUUGUGUGUGAGUGGAGCAGUGUCCAUGGCAUUAGUUAGGGGCCCAAAGCUACUCAAUGCUGAAUUGCUGCUACCGGCAAAUUCUCAUGUGUUAGGUUCGGGAGAUGGGAAUUGGUUGCUGGGUUGUCUACUUCUCUUUGGAAGCUGUUGUUGCUGGUCAUUAUGGCUGAUUUUGCAGGUUCCAGCUUCAGCAAGCUGUCCUGACCUCCUAUCUUUGUCGGCUUGGAUGUGUUUCUUGGCCACAUUACAAUCAGCAGUCAUUGCAUAUUUUACAGAGCCAGAGCCAAAAGCAUGGAAUAUACAUUCAAGUCUUGAAAUUGCUUCUUGUAUAUAUACAGGAGUCAUAGGAUCUGGGCUUUCAUUCUUCGUUCAAGCAUGGUGCAUAUCACGAAGGGGCCCACUCUUUUGUGCAAUGUUCAAUCCUCUAUGCACAGUUAUUGUGACCAUUUUAGCUGCUAUAUUUCUUCACGAGGAGAUCUACACCGGAAGCUUGUUUGGUGCCAUUUGUGUGAUUAUUGGUUUAUAUAUUGUGCUGUGGGGCAAAGCCAAAGACCUUGAUAGGGAUGGAGAGAAGGAAGGUGACCAGGUUGAGGAUCCCCACCAGGUUGUUGCUGACGCGGAACAUGAUUGGUGGUUUUGGCUAGAGCUUUUGAGUCACGCCGAUCAAAUAGCGGGGGAAUUCUUAUGGAGCAGCACCUUGCCUAUCACCCCGGUUUACCCCCGUUCUUUAACGAGUAACAAGCUAGUUGGACUUUGAUAGAUGACA